GCCACUUUGAUCCACGUGCGCAUUCACGCGCGCACUCGAAACUGAUCCUCCGACCCACCAAAAGCAGCAACCAUUAAUUUAUUUCGCCCUCCUUUUAUUAAUUACCAGGCAGCAAAUUCUUGCCGUAGAAAUUAGAAUUGCGAGCUGCACCAUCGCAUCCUUGUAAUCUAGUACGAAAAUUGUUCCGAUUUUUCCCUAAUUCUUUUUUCCGUCUCCGCAUCGGUCGAACGAAGAACAGAGGGUAGAAUCGUAGGUAGAAACAAGAACUGAAUUAGCGUGUGGUGAUUGCUGCCUCCGGCUGGUGGAUUGCUCCAAUUCGAUGGCAAGAUUGGCCGUUGAAUCGUGACUCAAUUUUCGGUGAUUUCCUCGUGGAAUCCGCGGAGAAAGGCGUCACCUUUGCGAUGCAGUACAACCACCGCAGCCGCCUGCUGCCGCCGCCGCCGUUCGGCCGCGGCGGUGGCGCGGGGUACCCCCGCGGCCACAAGCAGCUAUACGCUCCUCCUCCUCGGCCGCCGCAGCAUAAGUACGAGGUGCUCAUGGAGGCCGGUCGCCUCGCGGCCGAGUACCUGGUCUCCCAGGGUGUGCUCCCGCCGGCCGCCCUGCAGCGCAGCGCCGGCAGCGCCGGCGCGUGGGCCGCUCCUUCUCUUCCUCCGCCGCCGCCGCAGCUUCAGCAGCAGGAGCCCCCCGCGUUCUACGGUCGGAGGAGGUACGAUGACGAGUACAGCAACAACCCUAGCGCCCGGCCUAGGCGGACCAAUGGCACUAGUAGUAGUACGAGCAGUAGAGAUGAUUACAGCAGUGGUAGCUACAAUGACAGAGGGAAGAGGAAGUAUGGGGAGUACAGGAGGGGGUAUUCGGAUUCAAGUAGGGACAGGGAGAAGGAGAGGGGAAGGGCAUUUUCAAAUGGCCGGCUCUAUGAGGAGGAUGAGGAUGAAGAUGAGGCUCCUGGGUUUCGGAGGGAGCUGCGAGGGAGUCGGGGGAGUGUUGAGGUGAGGAGUAGUGUUACAGAGGCGGUGAGGGAGGAGAUGCCGUUGACAGCGAAGGCUGUUGGGGAGUUGGACAUAGACGAUACUAGGUCGAAGGCUGUGAGCUCCGUUGAAGAUGUUCAGAAGGAUGCUGAUGCUGUGCCUGAGGUGCAGGGUGAGAACGAGGAGGGUGAGGUGGAUGGCGAUAGCAAGGUGUUGAAUUCAGAAUCAGAGGUAGUGGAACAAGCGAUAAAUACUGAUGCUACUAAUGCUUCUACUGGUGUGGAGUUGGAGCCAAUGCAUUUACCAGGUGGUAAGAUUCCCGAAGAGAAAGCUGAUGAUGAAAAAGUUUUGGAUGAGGCUGCUUUGGAUCAUAAUACUUUUGAUCUUGAGGUCACAAAUGUGCAGAACAAUAUGUGUGAUGAUAUGAGGAAUUGGCUUGACUAUUGUGAUUUUGCAAGAGCUCCAACAAGGCCCAGGUCAGUGCGUGCACACAAAAAUACAGCACCUAUCCCAGGAGAAACUUCAGUAGCUGAAACAGUUGAUCUAGUUUCUUCUGGACAAGCUUCUCAGAUGGUAAUAGAUGGAUCUGCAGAGGAGAGCUCUUUGACUAACAUCCAGUCAGAAAAUAGAGAAGAUCAAACCUGCCAGGAAAACACUAACUCUAGUGUUGUCUGUGAUGAACCAAUGGAACCAAUGCUUCUUCAAGAAAUUGGAACAUCAGUUGUGACUGAAAAUAUGAAAGAAGAGAAGGGUGAUGCACAUGUGGUCCAGGAAUAUAUGGAAGAAACCGAUCCAUCUCCGUUGAAGGUUUCUCACAAGGAUAGCUUGAUGCAAGAAACCGGCUUGUCUCCCUUAACAGCUUCUCACAAGGAUAGCUUUAUUAAAGAAACUGAAUUAUCUCCAUUGACAGUUUCUCACAAGGACAGCUUGAUGCAGGAAACUGACUUGUCUCAGACAAUGUCUUCUCACGAGAAUAACUUAAAGUUGCAAUUUAAGGAAGGAACACAGACCUGUGAUAUUGAUAUGCUGCCACAAGAUGUCGACUUGAUCAAAAUGUCUGAUCAAAGGGAAAUAGUUUGUUCUGAACUAUGUCCUAAUGUUGGGGCUGAAGCUGCCAUCGAAUUGGAAGAAGGAAAGAUGGACCAAUCUAGCUCAUUCAAAGUAUCUUAUCUUGACCUAGUUGGUGGUAAAGAGGUUGCUGCAAUACAUGAUAAUACAGCGUCUGCAACUGGAUUUUCCAUAGAUUCACAUAAAAAACAGCAUGAAGGCCCUGAAACCACUGCAGGUGCCAAUGCCAGUGCUACAGAUGAUAUAUGCCACCUUCCAUUAGAGAAUAAGGAUGUUCAAGUAAUUGAUAUAGAAUGUGACACACCGAUCGAAGUUGGUGGCUUUGGCUCUUCGAAAUCAAAGGUGUUACUGUCAUGGAUGAUCCAAUAUAUGGGUCCCUCACUGAUUUUGUCAUGUUUUAGAUGUCCCUACCUUUCAGUCAAACAAAUGUGGAUUCUUGGUGCAAUAUCUAAGCACAAGGCUGAUGACUUGCACUGUGUGAAUUGUGGAUGGAAGGGCCAUGUCGGUCUAUAUGCCAAGAACGAAAAAGCUGUUAUAGCUGUCUGCUUUCCCGGUUUCCUUCGCGCUGGAAUAGCUGGAAUGACCUAUAUUGACCGAACUCUGGAUGCAAAACUGAAUGCAACCUCUUUUGUUCCAUUUAGGAAAUGGAAUGGAACAUGAUCAAACAACUUUGCUCACAUGUCCUGUGCCAUAUUUCUACUCGAUUAUGUACUUGGAAAAGAUAUAGACAAUUGAUGAAUAUAAAUGUAACUCCUGUGAACUUAGAAAAUGAGAAAAACAAGUCUUUAAAAGAAUAUUAGGUUACACAAUACUUUCAAAUACAUUACGUUAUUCCUUCAUUAGUCAGCAAGCUUGUCUGUACAAUAUGGAGGGCAAAAUCUCAGUCUGUAGUAAUGCUAUAUUCAAAUACACUAUUUGGUAGUUACUCAUCCACAUAUUUAUACGUUGACAUUGUGGAACUUUGAAGAAUCAUUAUGCUAUAUGUCCAGUCUGCCUAGAAAUUUGUGGCAAAAUUGUGUUUCCUGUGGUCACUGAUCUCAUCUAACUGAGCAAGUAUUCAGUACAUGGGCAAACCCCCUCAACUACAAGAAAGAGGUGAGAUCUCUCAUAGCAUCGCCCGGGGGUCCAGGCCCAGUAGCUCUUUUAAUCACCGAAGGCGAGCCUUCAUUUUCGAAGCCUAGCUGGUCCACCCUCUGUACACUUUCCACAGUGGAGAAGCCUCACUCAUCGCUUGCAUAACCCCCUAUAUUUGUUACUCUGUGCUUCCAUUCACUCAUGUGAACUGGAAUCCGAAAAUAUUUGUGUUUGUUUUAUGAACUCGAUCUGAGAUACCUGUGUUGCUGUGUUUGCUUAUGUAAAUUGGGGCAACGAGCUUCCAAGAGCUGAGCUCGAGCCUGACUGAGUUCGGAUCGAGCUGACUCGAGCCUGACUGAGUUCGGAUCAAGCUGAGCUCAAGCCUGACUGAGUUCGGAUCAAGCUGAGCUCGAACCCAGGCUCUAGGGCCAAACCAGGCUCACUCGAGCUCGGCUCAAGUUUGUGUCGAGCCAAGCCUGGGCACUGGGCUCAUUCGGCUCGUUGACAGCCAGAGUUUGCUGGAUGGUACCUUGUUGGAUGAUAUCUUAAGUAAGUUUCCUUCCGGAGCUGAAGCAUCUCUUUUUCUUUA